CAAUUCGCAAACGACCGACGUCUUGGUAAAGAUUUCGGGGAUGAUGACUUGAACUUCUGCUAACUGAAGCCGUGGAAGGCAAACGAAUACUCAAUAAAGAGACUAGUAUAUACAUAUUUUUCCUUUAUAGACUCUAUUUUAACGUGUUGUGAUUUUUGUGUUUUUUGUGCUUCGAAUUUUUUCUUUUUCGAUUUUUGCGACCUGUGAAUUUUUUGUGGUGACAAGAUGAAUCGACAACAGCAACAAUCCCAGCAGAGUCAGCAGACUCAGCAAUCUCAGCAUACUCAAAGGGUGACUCGAACUGAGCAACAUGUCACCCGACAAGUUACCGGACACGUUCAAGGAGGUCAAAUGAGUCAACAACAGCUUCAACAAAUUCCUGGCUUCGGUCCUAACGCUCAACCGCCAGUGUUUGAAAAGGUAUUCAGUAAUGCCCGAUUCGCACAAGGAGGAACAGCGACAUUCGAAGGUCGAGUUACAGGAAAGCCACAACCAACGGUGGCCUGGACUAGAAAUGGAGCACCACUCCACAGUACUCAGAAGCAUAAAUUAACCUACAACGAAUCAACCGGUGACAUAGUCUUCCAGAUCAAUCAAAUCGGACCUGGCGACGAAGGUGAAUACGUAUGUAAUGCUAAGAACCAGUACGGAGCAGCCAUAUGUUCCGUAUACAUCUCACCCGAAGGAAUGCAAAUUCCCCAGAGACAAGCAUUCUCUAAAUUCGAUCAAACAACAUCUUACUCUAACGGUACCACUACAACUAUUACCACAGAAGACUUCAAAAUAGACACCUUCGAAUAUAGGAUAUUAAGAGAAGUAUCAUUCAGAGAAUCGAUUACCAGACGAUCUUCUCAUGAAAAAGAUUCUCAGAUUUCUACUACCGUUGAACGAUCCUUAGGACCGCCGGCUCCACCACAAUUUUCACAAAAACCUCGGAAUUCAAAAUUACUCGAGGGAUCCGAUGCUGUGUUCACCUCUAAAAUUUCAGCUAAUCCUAGACCCAGAAUUACAUGGUUUAGAAAUGGACAAAGAAUUGUAGAUACUCAAAAAUACGAAACUAGCUUCUCGAAUAAUCAAGCUUCUUUACGAGUUAAGCAAGCUGCAGCUGAUGACUCCGGUCAUUACACUUUACUUGCUGAGAACCCUCAAGGUUGUGUUGUAUCCUCAGCAUACCUAGCAAUAGAACCUGUAACUACUCAAGAGGGUCUGAUUCACGAAUCUACUUUCAAGCAGCAACAGACUGAAAUCGAUCAAACUGAGAGCAACAAAACCUUAGCCCCUAAUUUCGUAAGAGUUUGUAACGAUAGAGAUGUGACUGAAGGAAAAAUGACUCGAUUCGAUUGUAGAGUCACCGGCCGUCCUUAUCCAGAUGUUACCUGGUACAUCAACGGUAGACAAGUUGUAGACGAUCACAACCACAAAAUCCUAGUCAACGAAUCUGGUAAUCACGCCCUCAUGAUCACAACUGUUAGUCGAAACGACUCCGGUGUAGUCACCUGCGUCGCCAGGAACAAAACCGGAGAAACAUCCUUCCAAUGCAAUCUCAACGUCAUCGAACGAGAACAAGUGGUCGCUCCUAAAUUCGUAGAACGAUUCACAACAAUAAAUGUUGCCGAAGGAGAACCAGUUCGCUUACACGCGAGAGCCGUGGGUACGCCCACGCCACGAAUCACUUGGCAGAAGGACGGAGCACCGAUAAUGAGUAGCCCCGAUAUUCGUAUUGCGAUUGACGGUGGAGCUUCGACUUUGGACAUACCGAGAUCCAAAGUUUCGGACGCGGCCUGGUACCAAUGUACCGCUCAAAACGUAGCUGGCUCCACCGCUACUCGCGCUCGACUCUUCGUCCAAACACCGCAAUCGACUACUCCAGAACCAAGACGCCUACAUUUACCCAGGCCUACGAAAGUCAUCGAACCUGAACCCGAACCUGGCCCAGAAGUUAUUUAUCUCCGUCAUGUUGAACGAUCUCGUCCACAUGCCGCUCCAGGUGAAGAGGAUCGCGUUUAUCCUCCACCACAAUUUAUCAUUCCUCUUAGAGAUUCUGUUCAAUUUGAAGGAGGAAAAGUCCACUUCGAGGCUAGAAUAGAACCUGUUGGCGAUCCAUCCAUGCGUGUAGAAUGGUUUUUGAACGGAAAACCACUAGCAGCUAGUUCUAGAACCACGUCAAUAUUCCGCUUUGGUUUUAUAGCAUUAGAUAUAAUUAGCUUAAUCAUUCACGACAGCGGCGAAUAUACCUGUCGUGUAACAAGUGCAACGGGAUGCGUAGAAUCCCGUGCAUUGCUUAGCGUUAACCCUAGAGCUUCAAUUGAACAAACUAGUCAGCACCCUGAUAGCUUGCAAUAUAUUCAGAAUUUAGAAGAUUACUCUAAAUACCAAAGAACUGACAGUUUAGAAGAAAGAUCUAAUCAGAAACCCCAUUUCAUCCGUCCACUCCAGGAUCUUGGAGAGUUACAGGAGGGCAGAAAUGCUCACUUUGAAGCUCAACUGACCCCAGUUAGCGAUCCAACGAUGAAAGUGGAGUGGUACAAAGAUGGCAGACCGAUUACCGCCAGUUCGCGAAUUACCACCAUCUUCAACUUCGGCUACGUUUCUCUCAAUAUCAUGCACCUACGGGCCGAAGAUGCAGGAACGUAUACUGUGCGGGCAGUUAAUCAUUUAGGAGAAGCUAUCAGUUCGGCGAAUAUAAGAGUUUACUCUCGCUCUUCAGUUACCGGUGAUCUGGGAAUUCCCGAACAACAGAAACAUAUCGAGGAAGUUGAAAGACUUGAAGCUUAUCAACAACAAGCACACCAAAAGUAUGUUCAAGAACAACCAGAAAGCACACAACCUCCUGUUUUCAAAACACCAAUCAAAGAUCAAAAUGAAAUUCGCGAAGGAGGAUUUGCACACUUUGAAGCUCGUUUAGAACCUGUUGGUGAUUCAACUCUUAAAGUUGAAUGGUUUAAAGAUGGCCGUCCUUUAGAAGCUAGUUCGAGAAGUACUAGUUUCUUCAACUUCGGUUAUGUGGCUUUAACAAUAAAGGAUGUAACAAUUCACGAUGUUGGUCAUUACAGUUGUCGUGCUUACAAUGCUGUAGGGCAAGCCACUACUACAGCUCAAUUAAGUGUAGUUAGUAGAAAAGAUAUAAGCUUCGAUUCUCAACACCCAGGUGGUCUAGAAAAAAUUCAGCACCUGGAAGAUAGUUCUCGAUAUAACCGAACUUCCAAAGAGGAAGAAAAAGUUACACAAAAACCAAGGUUUUUGGGACCAUUAAAAGGGACAAAUAAAAUUGUUGAAGGACAACGUGGACACUUUGAAGCAAGAGUAGAACCUCAAAGUGAUACCACACUCAAAAUAGAAUGGUACUUUAAUGGAAAACCAAUUCAACCGGCAAACAGAAUUCAGACAUACUACGACUUUGGAUACGUCGCUCUAGAUAUUUUAAGCAUACGUGAAGAUGAUUCUGGUACCUAUACAGUUGUUGCUAGAAAUGUUUUAGGAGAAGCUCAAGUUUCAGCAAGCAUGGUUGUAGAAACCCGUGCAAGCAUCGACACCAGCAGCAUGCACCGUGGAGCUUACGAUAAAACAAAACACAUUGAAGAUUCAAAGUUUGUCGAGCCCCAAUAUCACAUCGAAGAACUUUGUAAAUCAAAACCGAUAUUUGUGGUACCUCUAUCUGAUCCUCAACCAGUAUCAGAAGGCAAAAAUGUUCAUCUUGAAUGUCGAUUGGAACCCAUGGGCGAUCCAACCAUGAGAGUAGAAUGGUUCUGCAAUGGAAAACCAGUAACAGUAGGAUCACGUUUCAGAACAUAUAAUGAUUUUGGGUUUGUUGCCUUAGACAUCAUCCAUGCUAAUGCUUCUGAUUCUGGAGAAUAUACAGUACGAGCUGUAAAUCAACUUGGAUCAGCUCAUACAUCUUCAUGCGUAAGAGUUAUCUCACGCUCAGAUAUCAUAACUGACACGCAACAUGAACAAUCUUUAGAACAAAUUCAACAUUUGGAAGAUUCUUCCCGCUAUCGUAAACAGAUUGCUGAGGAUGUAACUGUUCUACAAGCACCUCAAUUUACUAGAUCUCUACAUAAUAUCGAAACUGUAGAAGGAACCAACGUACACAUGGAAUGUCGUCUUCAACCUGUAGGCGAUCCCACAAUGAGAGUCGAAUGGUUUGUCAAUGGUGUUCCAGUUAAAACUGGACAUCGUUUCAGGCCAGCGUACGACUUUGAUUAUGUAGCUUUAGAUCUCUUGAGUGUUUAUCCGGUUGAUUCCGGAGUGUAUACUUGCCAAGCGAGAAAUCAGUUAGGUGAAGCUGUUACUUCAUGUUCUGUAAAGGUAAUUGCCAAAAAGGAUCUGUUAUUCGAAAGCCAACAUCCAGCUGGUCUUGAGAAGAUUCAAUAUUUGGAAGACUCUUCUAGAUAUAAGCGUACUGAAUUUGUUGACGAGCAAGUUACUGUUAAACCUCAAUUUGUAACAAAACCAAAGAGCUUAGAAAACAUGACAGAAGGAAAACAUGCUCACUUUGAAUGCAAAAUCGAACCAGUGACUGAUCCUAAUCUCAAAGUAGAAUGGUACAAGAAUGGGCGUCCUGUUACUAUUGGUCAUAGAUUUAGACCAAUCCACGAUUUUGGAUAUGUAGCACUUGACAUCGUAGACCUCAUUGCUGAAGAUUCUGGAAACUACACCUGUAAAGCUACUAAUUUAGUAGGCACUGAUGAAGUAAACUGUGUACUAAGAUGUAGACAAUCUGGACAAAUUAUAACUUCAACACAAAACGAAACAGGCUUACAACAAAUUCAACACUUAGAAGACCGUUCCAAAUAUCAAAGAAGAGAGGAAAUAGAAGAAACUACAAAACAGGCUCCUCUUUUUACCACGUCGUUAAAGAACGUUGACAUUAGAGAAGGACAAAGAGCACAUUUUGAAUGCAGAUUGAUUCCUGUGUCAGAUCCAACGAUGAAAGUUGAAUGGUUCCAUAAUGGCAGACCACUAAAAUCUGGCUCAAGAUUUACAGAAACCAAUAACUUUGGUUUCGUUGCUCUAGAUAUUCUUUACACAUAUCCAGAAGAUACUGGAACAUACACUUGCAGAGCAACUAAUGCAUUAGGCGAGGCAGUUACAUCUGCCGUUUGCAAUGUCCAAUCUAAAAAAUCUAUUUACCUUGAAUCUGUCCAUGAAGGUGCUAUGGAACGUAUAAGUGAACUUGAGGAUUCUUCCCGUUACCAACGAAAAACUGUACAAGAAGAAACAGUCAGUCAAGCUCCUUGCUUCACCAUGCCCAUUAAAGAUUUGAAAAUAGCGGAAAAUCAAGCAGGUCAUUUUGAAGCUAGACUUAUUCCUGUAGGAGAUCCCCGCUUGAAGGUCGAAUGGUUACGCAAUGGAGUACCAAUUCAAGCUUCAAAUCGUUUGACGACAAUGCAUGACUUUGGAUAUGUUGCUCUUAACAUGAAAUAUGUCAACCCAGAAGAUUCUGGAACAUAUACUUGUAGAGCAGUUAAUGACUUAGGAGAAGCGGUUACAUCUGCUACACUUUUCGUCCAGUCUAAAGCUUCAUUGCAAAUGGAAACUCAACAUGAAGGUGCUCUGCACAAACUACGACAACUGGAAGAUUCAAGUAAAUAUCAACGUCGAGAAGAGGAAGAAAUAACAAUUACGCAAGCGCCGAUAUUCACCACUAAACUUAAUGGUCCUGCGGAAAUCUUUGAAGGACAAAGUGCUCACUACGAGUGCCGUAUUGAACCAUAUUUGGACACCAACCUUAAAGUAGAAUGGUUGCAUAAUGGAAAACCAUUAACCACUGGACAUAGAUUCAGAACGGCGUAUGACUUUGGCUUUGCGAGCCUCGAUAUCUUAACUGCAUACGCAGAAGAUUCUGGAGAAUAUACCUGUAGAGCAACUAACCGAAUUGGACAAGCAACUUCAUCGGUAGUGACAAACGUAAAACCCAAAUCGUCCAUUAUAAGAGAUACUCAGCAUCAAGCAGCUCUUCAAAAGAUUCAACAUUUGGAAGAUGAUUCUAAAUACAAACGAGUAUCCCAUGAAGAUGCAGUGAUUUUAGAAAAACCACAAUUUGGAAGAGGACUUAAAACUAUUGAAAACUUGCCAGAAGGUCUAACUGCCCAUCUCGAGGCGACUUUGACACCAGUAAAUGACCCAACAAUGAGAGUUGAAUGGUUCUGUAAUGGCAGACCUAUACAAACAGGUCACAGAUUUAAAACUACUUAUGACUUUGGUUAUGUAGCAUUAGAUAUCUUAUACGCUUACGCCGAAGAUACUGGUACCUAUAUGUGCAGAGCUAGAAACGCAGUAGGUGAAGCAGUAACAACUGCUGGUGUAUCAGUAGUCGCUAAGUCGGGUCUUUAUCUGGAGACACUCGAUGAACAACGUCUUAACAAAAUUAAACAACUUGAAAGUUACGAAAGACCAAAGAAGGAAGAAAUAGAAACUGCGCCUCAGAAACCAGUUUUCCUUACACCCUUGGUAAGUCUGGAAAAUCUCAAGGAAAGUGAACAUGCUCACUUAGAGUGCAGAGUUGAACCAGUCAACGAUCCUAAUUUGAAGAUUGAAUGGUUCGUUAAUGGAGUUAAAUUACGUGCGGGUCACAGAUUUAGAACAACUCAUGACUUUGGAUAUGUAGCACUUGAUAUCCUUUAUGCAUACGCUGAAGAUAGCGGCACUUAUAUGUGCAAAGCCACCAAUUUGGUCGGUGAAGCAGUCAAUACUUGCAAUAUUAAAGUUGGUAGCAGAAAGAGCAUCUUACUUGAUACUCAUCAUCCAGAAGGUCUUGAAAAGAUUAGAGAACUUGAAGCUCAAGGCCAUCAUGCUCGACUUGAAAUCGAAGAACCUGUUCCAACUCCACCUAGGUUUGUUACUGAACUACGUGGCACUACAGAAAUCUAUGAAGGACAAACUGCUCACUUUGAAGCGCAGGUUCAACCCAUUCACGAUCCAAAUCUAAGAAUUGAAUUCUAUCAUAAUGGUAAACCUUUGCCAGCUUCAUCUAGAUUCCAUAUUACGUUCGAUUUUGGAUACAUAGCAUUAGAUAUUGGGCAUGCAGUACCAGAGGAUGCAGGAGAAUAUUCAGUAAAAGCUAUGAAUAAUCUUGGCCAAUGCGUAUCAUCUAUUAAUCUUAAGGUAAUCGCUAAGAGUAAUAUCAUCUUAGAAUCACAAAGACCUGAAGGAUUAGAUAAAAUAAGACAACUUGAAGAACAUCAACCGUACAAGAGACCCGAGGUAGAUGACGCCGUUACUAGGCAGCGGCCAGUAUUUACUCAACCUCUCCAAAAUAUUGACUUUAUUAAAGAAGGACAAACUGCUCAUUUUGAAUGUCGCUUAAUUCCUGUUGGAGAUCCAACACUUAAAGUGGAAUGGUUCAGAAACGAAAAGCCACUGGAAGAUAGUUCUCGUAUUACUAAAAUACAUGAUUUUGGUUUUGUUUCGCUAGAUAUAACUCAUAUUAGAGCUGAAGAUGAGGGGGUGUAUAUUUGUAGAGCGACCAAUCCGCUUGGAGAAGCUGUUACGACUGCGUCUAUGAAAAUUAGAACUGAGGCCAGUAUUCAGCUCGAGUCACAACAUCCAGAGGCUCAGAAACGAAUUGCACAACUUGAGCAACCACUGGCACCCAAACCAGAUGAACCAGACCAUGUAUUCGAGAAACCAAUUUUCACUCAAUUACUUACUGGUCCUACAGAACUUUGGGAAGGACAACAUGCUCACUUCGAAGCUAGAGUUGUACCAGUUGGUGAUCCUGAUUUAAGAUUCGAAUGGUACGUCAACGGCAUAGAACUGAAUCUUGGAUCUAGAUUCAAAGUUACACACGACUUCGGUUUUGUUACUUUGGAUAUUAUGUCUACUAUUAAGCAAGACUCCGGGGUAUACAUGUGUAAAGCUAUCAACAAGACUGGUGAAGCUGUCUCCUCGAUUUCUAUGAAGGUAAAAACAAAAUCUAGUAUUGUUGGAGAACCAUUACAACCCGAUGCAUGGCAAAAGAUCCAACUUAAGGAAGCUGAGAUGAACAGAGUUCCUGAAAUGUUUGUUGACACUACUCCUCAACAACCUCCUGUAUUUACGACACACUUAAAAAGUUAUGACAACCUUGUUGAAGGACAACAUGUUUACUUGGAAGCUCAAGUAGAACCAAGAGCUGAUCCAAACCUACGAAUUGAGUGGUUUAAAAACGGAAUUUCGUUAUCAACUGGUGCUAGACUGCGCAGUACAUUUGAUUUUGGUCUAGUAACACUCUCAAUUAAUGGCUUGAGAGAUGAUGACUCAGCUAUAUACACUUGUAAAGCAACAAAUAAAUUAGGAGAAGCAAUCUCCACUUGCACUCUCAAAAUUGCCGACCGCCAUUGGUUAUUGGGAGAUACCCUUCAUCCUGACGCUAUUCCAAAGCUUCAAGCCUUAGAACAACACGAAGAUGUUAAGAAAGAAGCUCCGGAACCAGUUUAUGAACUUCCUAUUUUCAUUACUCACCUCAAUAAUGUUGAAUGUAUGGAAGGUGAUAACGUACACUUUGAAUGCAACGUUGAACCAUCAAAAGAUCCCACUCUUACAAUCGAAUGGUUUGUCAAUGGAAAACCUUUACCUACCGGAGCAAAAUAUAAAUCCACCUACGACUUCGGUUAUGUAGCUUUGGAUAUAACUCAUUCCUAUGAAUCCGACUCUGGCAUUUACACCUGCAAAGCCACAAACACCAAAGGAUCAGCAACAACUUCUGGAUCAUUACGUUGCACUGCUAAACAAAGUAUUUACUUGGAUACUCAACAUCCACAGGGAAAAGCAGGUUUAGAAGCGGUUCAAGAUGUUGAACAGGCUGUCGCUGAUAAAUAUAAAAGACAACCAUUAGCUCCUGAAAAGGAAUAUGGUAAACCCGUCUGGAUAGUACCACUGAAUCCUGAAUUCCAUUUGACAGAAGGUCAACCUUUGCACUUAGAAGGUACUGUGGAACCAAAAGAAGAUCCGAAUAUGAAAAUUGAGUGGUUCUUUAAUGGAAAGUCUAUAGAACAUGGAAGUAGAUUUAAAUUUACACAGGAAUUCGGUUUUGUUACACUAGACGUAACUGAUGUUUAUGAACGUGACCAAGGUAUUUACACAUGCAAAGCAUCUAACAAAGCUGGUGAAGCUUUCACCUCCACAACAAUUCAUUGUACCAGUAAAUCAAAUCUUAUCGAACGUACACAACAUCCUAAAGGACAAGAAGGCCUGGAAAAAAUUCAAGACCUGGAAGACUCUCUUAACAGACCAGAUUUACCAAAGGCUGAGCUAGAGGAAGGACACGCACCAGUAUUUACAUCAGAAUUUGUUAACUUAACUAGCCUUACUGAAGGUGAAAUUGCUCACUUUGAAGCUGGUUUAACUCCAGUUGGUGAUCAAACAAUGACUGUGGAAUGGUUUUACAAUGGUAAAACAAUCGAAGCUUCUCACAGAUUUAGAACAGUACACGCCUUUGGUAUGGUAGUAUUAGAAAUAUUGGGAGCCAAGAUCGAAGACUCUGGUACUUACACCUGCAAAGCGACCAACAAAUGGGGAGUAGCUGAACAAAGCGUACAAUUAGUAUGCAGUGAAAGAAUUGCUGGUCAAAAACCGAAAUUCACGACUCACAUUAAAGAUAUUGUUGGUCUUAAAGAUGGAGAAUCUGCUCACUUUGAAUGUACUUUAAUACCAGUAAAUGAUCCUGAUCUUAAAGUCGAAUGGUACCACAACGGUCAACCCAUUCUAGAGAAAAAUAGAAUUAAAGCCGUGUCCGACUUUGGUUUUGUUGUUAUGGAUAUAUCAUACAUCCAAAAUCACGAUUCAGGCGAAUAUGUUUGCAGAGCCCAUAAUAAAUACGGUGAAGAUUUCACUAAAGCUACAAUUUCAGCUCAUGGAAGAAGUGGAGUAUUUAGUGACAGCUUACAACCUGAAUCGCUUGCUAAGAUAAGAGAGUUAGAAAGUAUGCAAGGUCAACAUGCUCAGGCACCAUCAAUUCCAGUUACUGAACCACCUAAAUUCAUUACCCACAUUCAAGAUGUUACCAAAUUAGUUGAGGGACAAAGUGCUCACUUUGAAGCUCGUCUUACUCCAGUAACUGAUCCAGACCUCGUCGUAGAGUGGUACUACAAUGGUAAAAAGUUACCCCAUGGUCAUAGGUACCGCACUUUCCAUGAUUUUGGAAUUGUUAUUCUUGAUAUUCUGUAUUGUUACGAAGAGAACUCUGGCGAAUACGAAUGCAGAGCUCAUAAUAAAUUUGGACAAGACGCAACUAAAGCCAAUUUGAAAUGCGUAUCGAAAACGAACUUAAUCUUGGACUCGCAACUGCCGCGGGGCAUGGAAGGUGGAUUAGAAAAAAUACAGAAUCUGGAAGACGCAAUGAUUCGUACUAAAGAUGAAAAAGAAGAAACGAAGAUAGGCAAAGCACCUGUUUUCACAGUACCUUUGUCAAACAUUGACAACCUUCGUGAAGGAGAGAACUCCCACUUUGAAGCUAGACUUAUUCCAACUGAUGAUCCUAAACUUAAAGUCGAAUGGUUCUGGAACGGAAAACCGCUUAGAACUGGUUCAAGAUUCCGCACAUUUUGUGAUUUCGGUUUUGUUAUUUUGGAAAUUUCACCUGUCUAUCCAGAAGAUUCUGGAGAAUACUCAUGCAGAGCGUUUAACGAUUACGGUGAAGCAGUAACUACUGCAUCAAUGAAAGUAUCUGGAAAGAGAAGCAUCAUUUUAGAAUCUCAAUUACCUAAAGGAAUGGAAGGAACCAUUGAUAGAAUCGCAGAACUUGAAGGUCUUGGUGUUGCACCAUCUCAACAAACAACCGAUGAUGAUACCGGCAGACCACCAGAAUUCAUAACUUCUCCUACCGACUUAGUAUUAAAUGAGAAUGGUCUCGCGCAUUUCGAAUGUAGGCUAAUACCAGUUAAUGACCAAAGUAUGAGAGUAGAAUGGUUCCACAAUGGUAAACCAUUAUGGUCAGGAUCUAGAAUAAAGACAAUAAAUGACUUUGGCUUUGUAAUUUUGGAAGUAUCUGGAGUUUACCAAAGAGAUUCCGGUUUGUACACGUGUAAAGCUACCAACAGUCACGGAGAAGCAAGUGUCUCUUGUCAGCUACAGGUUAAAGGUAGACAGGGUAUUAUAAUGGAACCACAGCUACCUUCCAACUUCCGCUCUGGUACGGAGAGCAUUCAAAAACUUGAAGAACUACUUCAUAAGAAAGAUGAAAUUUUAUCCGAAGAAGAAAAACCAAAUCCUCCAAGGUUUAUUGUUGAAGUUAAAGAUAAUGUUGAUGUACCUGAAGGUGGACCAAUUCAUUUUGACUGUAGAGUUGAACCAACUAAUGAUUCUACAAUGAGGAUCGAUUGGUUCCAUAAUGGAAGACCCUUUGCCACUGGUUCUAGAGUACACCAAAUCAAUGAUUUUGGUUUCAUUUCUCUUGAUAUUGAUUAUUCUUAUACCAGAGAUUCAGGUGAAUACAUCUGUCGUGCUACCAACAAAUGGGGAACUGCAACAACCAAAGCUACGGUAACCACAACGACAAAGAAGAACAUUGAUACAGAUAGUCAACUUCCAUCUGGAAUGAGUGCAGAAAAACUUAAGGAGCUCGAAAAGGGACCAGUAUCUCAAGCUCCAGAUGUUGAAAAGACCUACUCACCCCCUAAAUUUAUUACCCAAAUCGAAUCAUCAACUGUUGAAGAAUCUGAAGCAGUUCAUUUCGAAUGUCGCGUUGAACCUAAAGACGAUCCAAAACUUCGCGUAGAAUGGUACAGAAAUGGAAAACUUUUACCUUCUGGCCAUCGGUACAGAAGUGUAUUCGAUUUGGGUUUUGUUUCUCUUGAUAUUCUGUAUGUUUAUGCAGAAGAUUCAGGAGAAUACGUAUGCAGAGCAGUUAACGAGUAUGGAGAGGACUUUACGAAAGCAAGUGUCUCAUGUAAAAAGCUUCCUAAUAUUAUUUUGCAAAAUCAAGUUCCUAAGGGAAUGAAGAAAUCUGAAACUCUAAUGCAAAUGGAAGCAGCUAUUAAGAAAUACACCUCAGAAAUUUAUCUAACAGAAGAUGAUUUAUAUGAUAUUGAAAAGAAACAACCUCCUCGAUUUGUUACACAAAUUAAAGAUCAAACUGACCUGGUUGAGAUGCAGAAUACCAAAUUCGAGUGUCAACUGGCUCCUGUUGGAGAUCCAAACAUGAAAGUAGAAUGGUUCCUUAACGGAAAACCUCUUCCACAUAAAAAUAGAUUUACACCUAUCUACGAUUUCGGUUAUGUUGCUAUGAACUUCGGUUGGGUAUAUCCAGAAGACAGUGGUGAAUAUUUGUGUAGAGCAACAAAUCUUUACGGUAUGGAUGAAACACGUGCAGUUAUAAAAACAGCUGGCAAACCUGGUAUUAUUUACGAUUCUCAACUUCCAAAAGGUAUGAAGAGUAUCGAAAAGAUUAGAGAAUUGGAAGCCGCUUGGCAAAUUGUUCCUGAAGAAGCAGUCGAAGAAAGUAAACCAAGGCAAGCUCCGACCUUCGUCAGCAAACCCGAACCGGUUACCGUCGAAGAAGGAGAAUGGGCAAGAUUCUGUUGCCGGGUAACUGGUCAUCCACGUCCACGCGUUAUGUGGCUUAUUAACGGACAUACUGUUGUCAGUGGAUCAAGAUACAAACUUACUUACGAUGGAAUGUACCAUCUUGAUAUUCCAAAAACUCGCCAAUACGAUACCGGUAAAGUUGAAGUAAUCGCACGCAGCUCCGUUGGAGAAGCGAUUGCUGAAACUGAACUUAAAAUUAUACCCAGACACGAUGAUUACAGAGGAGUUCUUAAGAAUUCGCCAAGACCAUGGUAUGAUCUAGAACUAGCCGAAUACCAAAAAGAACGCAGUGAAACCGAACUCGAACGUAUAUUUGACGAGCGCAAUACUGCUUUGAGAGAAAGUGGUGUUAAUGUCACUGGUAUCCAUGUUCAAUCUAAAGAAUUCAAAGAGCCCGAAACGGAAUGGCAAAAGACCAUAAAGACCAAGAAAGGUGACGAUUACUAUAGUAAAUUGCAAGAACUCGAAAAUGAACAAGUUAUUAAAGAAAUUCGACUUCGUGAACAAUCUCAUCAAUACGCAAUACCUGGAGAAAAGGUUGUAAGCAGUUCCACUUCGAAGGGAAUGGCUCAGCAAUACGAACAAAACUUGGAAGAAAAGCCAAACUAUGAUAUAAACUUGACCCCAGUUCCGCGUCUACCCAAAGCAGAACAACCAAAGCCGGUUCCCCACAAAGAGCAAGUGAGGUUAAGAAAAACCGACAAAGCUCAGGAGUUUGUACAAAACGAGGUAGAAGAAGAAAUAAGACAACAAGGACCACCGUAUCAACCUCAACCAACUGAAUCUGGCGUCCACGGUAGGGAGAUCUAUGUAACCAAGCAAAAACAAACUCAAAAAGAACAAAAAGGCGAUCUUGAAAUUACGAGAAAUAUUACUGCCACAGAAACAACUGACGUUGAGCACAAAGCCAAAACAUCUGAACGGCUUGUUCAAGGUCAAGUGAAACCGUCUAAUCCACCAAUCUUCACCAAGAAGAUUCAACCAGUAAGAGCGUUUGAAAAUGAUUCAGCCAAAUUCGAAGUUGAAUUUGAUGGAGAUCCGCUUCCCAAAAUCACCUGGUACAGAGAGGACUUCCCAAUAACCAGCUCACCAGAUCUGAAAGUCUAUACAUUUAGUACAAAGUCUAUCCUCCAACUCAGACAAGUAUUUAUGGAAGAUUCUGGUGUAUUCAGUGUAGUAGCAGAAAACCGAGGAGGUACAGCUAAAUGUAGUGCUAAUUUGGUAGUACAAGAAAGGAGAAGGCACGGUAGGUCCGGUGCCAUUCCUCCCAGUUUUACAACAACGAUUCAGAGUACCAAAGCUAAUGUUGGUCAGUUAGUUAGAUUUGACGCUAAAAUCGAAGGAACUAAACCAAUUGAUGUGUACUGGUUGAAAAACGGUAAGAAAAUUGUUUCUGACAUAAGAUACAAGACGUUAGAGGAAGAUGAAAUUUACACUCUCCUCAUAAUCGAAGUUGUUCCUGAAGAUACUGGUAAAUACGAAUGUGUCGCCAUAAACAGCUCUGGUGAAUGUAGAUGUGAAGCUGAAUGUUCAGUUACAGCGCCAUCAACUCCACAAAAAGCAGCAAAACCAACUACUCCUGGCACAGAGAAAGCACCUACCAUUGUCGAACCUCUGAAAGAUCAAACAAUAAAAGAAGGACAGGGGGUAGUAUUUAGAUGCAAGAUCUCUGCUAAACCUGCACCGAUUAUAAAGUGGCAGAAAGCAGAUAAAGUCAUCAAACCUUCCAAGUACUUCCAAAUGACCAAAGAAGGGGAUUAUUGCACGCUUAAAAUAUCCGAAGCUUUCCCUGAAGAUGAAGGCGUAUACAAAUGUAUUGCUGAGAACCCAGCUGGAACUGUAGGAACACAAGCCAAGUUGAGAGUAUUGGCACCCGAAGUUCAAGAAGUCGCACCAUCGCUGACUCCAAUGAGAGAUGUAACUGUACCUGAAGGCAGUCCAGCUCAAUUUAAGUCUACCAUUUCUGGAAAACCUAAGCCCACUAUUCAAUGGUUGAGGGAAGGAUUCCUUAUUCCAGAAUCUCCAGAUUUUCAGAUGAUCCAAGAAGGAAACAACGCAAUCUUGAUGAUUUCCUCAACGUACGAAGAAGACAGUGGAGUGUUCACUUGCAGAGCAACAUCCUCAGCCGGUCAGGUCGAACAAUCUGCCAAACUUAUAGUAAAAAGUAAGAAAUGAUUACCUUAAGUACUAUUUUGUGUAAAAUUUUGUAAAAAGUACAAACAAUUUUGUCUUUGUCCAAUUCUAUCCAUCUAGUUAUUGUUAGUUGUUAUUAAAUACGGCUGAAAGCUGUUACAGUUAAAUAUUUUAACAAUGAAUCACUGGAUCAAAAAUUUUAUUGAUUCUGACGUAGGUUAGUGAUGGUGAAUUCCAAUGAUAAUUUGUUCAACUUCCAAGUGAUAAAUAUGGAGUGAAUUCAGCUUUGGCUCUAAUACGCUAAAUGCUGGCUUUUAUUUAUAAAAAUUUAUGUUUAUGAAUCUGUAUAAAUGCAAUAAUUUAUUUAAUAAAAUGCUAUUGUU